AUGAGUUCUGAAUCUGUUGCAGUAGUUUGUUGUCUAAGCUGUCUGUUACUGCCAAGUGUUGUUUUGCAGACAUCAGGGUUUUUCUCGCCAUAUUGGAUCAAACAGAAUUCAACAACAGACUGUUUCAGGGGGAUCUUCUCUACAGUAGAUUGUGAUGACUCUAUCAAAGGUCUCGGUGCCACCAUUUUAGGUCUUCAGUCUUCAGCUCUCAUCAUUAUUGCUCUUACAACAGUUGUUCUCUUGUAUACUGUAUGCCGUAAUAAAGACGACGAGGAAGAUGGUACUGGUUUUUGUGAUAAAUUUGGAUUGUGUUUGACAUUCCUAUAUCCUGUUGCAGGAAUCAUUAGUUUUGCUGGAUGUAUGCUUGUUGUCUCGAAUUACAAAAACCAUGAGAAAGGCUGGGGAUUUUACCUUUGUCUAGCAGCAUCGUGUUACGUCAUGAUUGAGAUCAUCAUAUGCUGCUGUGCACUGUGCAAACUAACAAGAUCAAAAGAGAACACGGAUCUUGAGAGUGGGCAAGGGAAUUCUGGUUAUGUUGGACAGGAAGUUGGCCAGGAAGUUGUCCAAUAUGGAGCAUCCGGUCACGACAACCAAAUAAUGUCUCCUUCCGAUGGGGGAGAGAUUAUUUUGACUCACGUGCAAGAGCAUCACCAAUUAGAAGUCAGUAGCACCGGGACGCUUUUAAUCAGGAAGCUGCAGGUCGCUAGAGUUUUCCACAUCAGCUGAAUGUCUUCUAUAUUGAAAAUCUAAUUCUUAUAGUCAAAAGUACAAUAAAUCUUACACGAAAAAUACUAGUGAUAUUUAUAGAAAAAAUAUCGAACAAAGAUUUUUUAUUCCC